GGUAUCCUUACCCACGUGGCAGGAAGUGCGUGCGUACACGCGGCGUGUGUGUGUUUUUAGUGGUCGUAGAUCACACGCGACAGCACAAGAUCAGUUCACUUACAUUACAAAACAUAUUUAAUAAUAUUUGAAGUAUAACGAUGUCCCAGUUUGUACCAGGGCAGUUUGAUGACGCGGAGGAAACGGGAAAUGAGUCUGAAAUCAAGCCUUCACUGGAGACGCAUAUUAGUGACGUUACUAUUGACAAGAAAGAUGAAAAUGAAGAUGACUAUGAAGAUGAUGAUGAGGAGGAGUAUGAUGAUGAUGACGAUGAUUGGGAUUGGAAUGAAUCAGGAGGAGGAGGAGACUUCACAAAGCGCUACACUGCAAUGAAGACUGGAAAUAUUCAGCAGGCUAAUCGACAGAACUCUAAUAAUAAAUCCUCAAAAAUGUCCACUCCAUCAGACAAGGUCCUGAGAAAAUUUGAAAACAAAAUAAACCUCGAUAAACGGACUUAUUCAGAUUUUGUGAUGAAUAAAGUCAAUGUGAUGCAAAAACAAAGGGAUGCAGAGACGUUUCGAGUGAAGGACAAAUCAGAUCGAGCGACUGUUGAACAGGUUUUGGACCCCCGGACUCGUAUGAUUUUAUUCAAAAUGCUUAGCCGAGGUGUCUUUUCAGAGAUCAAUGGAUGUAUCAGCACAGGCAAAGAGGCAAACGUCUACCAUGCAACUACGGCCAAAGGUGAAAGCAGAGCCAUCAAAAUAUACAAAACUUCAAUUUUAUUAUUCAAAGACAGAGAUAAAUAUGUCAGUGGGGAGUUCAGGUUCCGCCACGGCUACUGCAAGGGCAAUCCUAGGAAAAUGGUGCGUACUUGGGCAGAAAAGGAGAUGAGAAACUUGAUCCGACUACAGACAGCACAAAUUCCCAGUCCAGAGCCCAUCAUGUUGCGGAGUCAUGUGCUCGUCAUGAGCUUCAUUGGUCGAGAUGACAUGCCUGCUCCUCUGCUAAAGAAUGCUGUCCUGUCUGAAUCCAAAGCCCGUGAACUCUAUCUACAAGUCAUUCAGAACAUGAGAAUAAUGUACCAAGAAGCUCGCCUGGUCCAUGCCGACCUCAGCGAGUUUAACAUACUUUAUCAUAAUGGAGAUGCGUAUAUUAUUGAUGUGUCCCAGUCUGUUGAGCACGAUCACCCUCAUGCCCUGGAGUUUCUUCGCAAAGAUUGCAGCAAUGUAAAUGACUUCUUUCAGAAACAUAAUGUGGCAGUUAUGACUGUACGUGAGUUGUUUGAGUUCGUCACAGAUCCCUCCAUAACAAAAGACAACAUUAACCAGUACUUCGAUAAGGCAAUGGAAAUAUCAUCUGAAAGAACUGCAGAAGAACGAUCCAAUCAAGACAAAGUCGAUGAGGAGGUGUUUAAGAAAGCCUACAUUCCUCGAACACUUAAUGAGGUCACCCAUUACGAGAGGGAUGUGGACACCAUGUUGAAGAAAAAGGAGGAAAAAUCGUCUGAAAAUACACAAAAUGACAGUAUCCUUUAUCAGACCGUAACAGGCCUCAGGAAGGACCUCUCUGGUGUACAAACGGUACCCUCGAUACUGCAAGACUCCACAAAGAAUGACAGUUCAGGCUCUGAGGAGGAAGAGGAGGAGGAUGAUGAUGAUGACGAAGAAUCAGGAGAGGAUGACACACAAGAGGGUGGAAGUCAGAGUGAGGCAGGACCACUGGACAGAAAGGAAAAGAAGAAAUUGGUUAAAGAAGCUCAAAGGGAGAAAAGAAAAAAUAAGGUACCAAAGCACGUGAAAAGACGUAAAGAGAAAGUUUCCAAAAUGAAGAAAGGAAAAUGAGGACUAUGAGGAACUGAAGAUAUAACAGAAACAUGGAUAGCUGAGUAAUAAAGGAAUGCUAUCCACAUUAAAUCAGGAAUCAUGGAACUUAAUGAUGAUGGAGUGUCAGCCCCAUUACAGAUGCUAUUAGCAUCAACUGUUAUAAACGUUUAUAAAAAUGAAGCAUUUAAUAAACUUCAGCUGUCUCUUUGA